CACAAAUCUAGCUUUGGGACCGGAGGUAAUUUAGAGGACUAUUGAAGAAUCAAUGUCAGCGAGAAAAGUUGGCUGAUAAGCAAGACAAGCAGUGGAGUGGAGAUGUUUUUCUAUUCAGAAAAGAAAGCAUUUGUGUUUGCGCAGGCUCCGCUGUACCCGUAGUGACAUUCGUAUUUUUUGUUUUUGCACCAUAGAACGAACGCAACGCCCUUCUUUGUAUCCAUUUAAAGUCUAUCGAAGUGGUGCGGUUAAUCGGAGCUAGCUUUUGCGACGAGGCGCAAAAGAAACACGACAAAAAUGUCAACAACUCCCAAUUCCAAUAGUAGUAGUAGCAAUAGCAACAACACCAGCGUUAACAAGCAGCCACAGCAACAACAGCAUCAGCACCAGCACCAGCACCAGCUCCAGCAACAAGACACAUAUAGCAGCGACAGCAGCAGCAUUGAAGAGAACUCUGACGAGGCCGCCGAGGAGCGGAGAAGGCGCAUCUCGAAGAAUCGCUCCCGGCUGCAACGCCCUCUGAAUAAAUCUCAACACACAAUGUCCAGCGGAGGAGCCGUACCCAAGCACGAUGGCAAGUCCCCAGGAGGAGCCUCAACAAGCGGCCAAGCAGCGGCGUCGGGGGGAGCUGUAGGGCGCCUGGUUGUGCCGCCAGAGCGCAUUUCAAUGCUAGUGGAUGGAGUCCGCUUUACGGUGGAGCAAUCUCUGCUCACUGCUCAUCCCACCACCAUGCUGGGCACCAUGUUCGGUUCAGGCUUUCAGUUUGUCCACCCCAAUGAGCGAGGCGAAUACGACGUUGCAGACGGCAUCUCGCAUUUAGUGUUUCGAGCAAUAUUGGAGUACUACAAAAGCGGCGUGAUCCGCUGUCCCCCGACUGUUUCUGUUCCCGAGCUGAAGGAAGCCUGUGAUUAUCUGCUGAUACCCUUCGACGCCACUACCGUGCGCUGCCAGAACCUAAGAGGUCUUCUUCACGAGCUCAGCAAUGAAGGAGCGCGCCAGCAGUUUGAGCUGUUUCUCGAAGAUCUUAUACUGCCAUUGAUGGUGGCCUCAGCACAGCGCGGUGAUCGCGAGUGUCAUGUGGUUGUGCUUCUCGAAGACGACAUGGUCGACUGGGAUGAGGAAUUUCCACCCCAAAUGGGCGAGGAGUAUUGCCAAACCGUUCACAGCACAGCCAUGCAUCGCUUCUUUAAGUACAUCGAGAACCGGGAUGUGGCCAAGCAGGUCAUGAAGGAUCGGGGCCUGAAGAAGAUCCGGUGCGGCAUAGAAGGUUAUCCUACACACAAGGAGAAGAUUCGGCGACGUCCAGGCGGGCGAGCCGAGGUCAUUUAUAGCUAUGUCCAACGCCCCUUCAUCCACAUGUCCUGGGAGAAGGAGGAAGCUAAGAGUCGUCAUGUCGAUUUCCAGUGCGUCAAAUCGAAAUCCGUUACGAAUCUCGCAGAAGCAAACGCCGAUCCUCCCUUAGAAUUGGAUGCAAGUGGAAAUCCUAUUCCGCCAAUUGCUGUGGUCAAUCCGAACCCAAACAAUGCAGAGCUUGCACCCGUGCCUGCAGUUGGUGCCGCUGCAGUGGUCGCCGUGGACGAGGCAGCCGGUGGGGUUGUGAUGCUCAACGAUUUGGAACAAGCAGUCGCAGCUGUUGCUGCUGGCAUCGUGGAUGAGAAUGUGUGAGCGACCGGGCCAGACCGAAAUCCGGUAACCGAAGGAUAAAACACUGCCAGAAAGCAGCGACGCACAGAGACCCCUUUUUACAUUUUUCAUCAACACUUUUAUAUGCAAUAAAACUAAAAAGACGAAA